UGAGCGUGCGAGGUGUGCAGCGUGCGUGCAAAUCGUGUUGGGAUUUAACGGGACGGUAGCGAAGGCAUUCCUGCCUGCUUCGCUUCGGUGGUCUCUCUCUUCACAUUAAUGCCAGUUGGCGUUGAGAGCUGAACGUCCCAAGUCUGUGGAUCGAGCGCCAGCUUGGUUUCACUGUCUCGGAUUCUCUCGCUCGUCCCUCACUUGCUCGUUUUCUCGUGUGUAUGUGCGCAUGCUUUUCUGUAGCAUGUACCUGUUUACCUCCAGGGUGUGCACUGAGUGGUCGGCCAAAUGCAGCGUGUGUGUGUGUGUGUGUGUUUGUUCCCCUCUUCUAAAGAUGGAUCAAAUCCCAAUUUAGAUUUGUCGCUCAGAGUGUAGUAAGGGUUCACGACCCCUCCCAAAUAUGUCGUGCUAACUGGGGUCACCGAGCAACAUGACGAGUCUCCCUGUUACAUAAUAGCAGGCCGUUGGGGUCCGCCUCCCGCUCUCUCCGGCCACCCAACCGGAGCACAGCUCAUUUGCAUAGCGGACAGGCCGGCGUGUGUAAUUGGUCUGCCGCAUCGAUGCCAUUUAGUGAGUCCGUCUCUUCUGCGUGCAUGUGCAUGCAGCCGUGUGUCAGAGCUGAUCUGAAUAAUCGCUGCCACACUGCUCUGCUUCUGUGUCUCAGACUUCCCGCCCAGUUGUGUGUAGCCACGCUUGUUAUAUACUUUAAUAUGUUCUUUGCUUUUCCCCUCGUCGUCCUGGUACGUGAACAGUGAAUUUUCUUGAUAAGUGCGUAGCCAGUUUGUAGGUUAUCGGCAACUUCUGUUUGGUCUGGACACGCCAGGAGACGCAGUUUGGGGAAGUUGCGUUUCGAGCAGCUAUGCCGGCUGCAUCACCAUCAACAACAACAGGCGCUAUUCAGACGAGAGGAAGUUAUUUGUCUGUAUUUUUUUCGGAGGCUUGUGGUAACAGCAGAGCUUGUUUACUCUUUCUGCCUUCUGUGGCCUAUGAUUAUCCAGCAGGUAUCUGUGUCGCUUGUAGCUCUAUGCUUGGUGGGGCCUUGUUGUUGUUGGGUGGGGGGGUACAGCUGGGUUUGCAUUUGGCUCUAGUCCCCCCCCACUUGCUUUCCUCUGCUUAGUGGUGAUUUCUGGCACUUUUGCCGCUUGUGGGAGUCCCCUCUCGCUCUCUCUCGCUCGAGUGCAAAGCUGUGUCCAUGUGGGCUGGCAGAGCGCAGCGUGUGAAUCUGUGUGUGUGUGUGUGUGUGUGUGUGGUGGGGGGGAGACCCCCUCUGCGCAGCAAGAUGGCACUGAGGCUGCAGAGAGGAAUAGCAGAUGCGCCUUCCCGGGACUGCCGUGUGUGGUUUUACACUCGGUAGAAUAUUCUAGCUACAGCAAGCAAUGUUCCCUGGGGCCUUGGAGGUCCGUCAGGGCCUGUCUCGCCAGCACCGGCACUUCAGUGCCCUCCGGGUUGAUGGGCGGACUUGGGGCAUCCUCCUUCAGGCAGCCGACUUCAGGCCCCUUUAUCCAGCCUCUAGCUGGCUGCCUCUGCGUUUGCCAUCCGGGUGUCAAAAAAGUGUUUGUGGAGCACUGCAGUCUAUUGGAACGGCUCUGCGGGACCCACCGGCACAGUCGAUAAAGGGAUUGACCGUGUGCUUUUGUGUAAUUGCUGCCCCCAUGGUUUAGAUUAAAUAAUUCCACAAUAAGGCCGCAAAUGGUGGUACGUAUUUAUUUUUUAGGUAGAUCUGCCCAUUAAAUCUACUCUGUUAACUGCAGCACUCAGAGAAAAACUUAAGUAGGCUUUGAAGGAUAUGCAAUUACCUGCUGGUAGCAGCAGUUAAAAUUAGUUUUUGUGAGCAGCACCAUCCUUUUUAACUAGGCAGCUUGACGAGCGUCCCCUGAUGAAGUGGGAGGUACCGUGUGAUUGGUCGGCACCUAAGUGUUCUUCUACAUGGGCGGGAAAGCUCUCAUUGUAAGAUGCUAAUUUACAACAUAAAUAUAUAGGGACUUUAUGUAACAGGCAGGUCUGGGAUUAUACUGCUCAGCUGGGGUUAUCCUCUUCAAAACCUGUUGCCGUGGGAGACUUCCCUUAGGUUUUUACCCCUUAGCAUUACGAUGGUGAUUAUGACUGCCCAUCAUGGACGUUUAGAUCCUGCUGUUUGAAUGUAUUAGCCUGCUUCUGCUGUGAUUGGCUCCUCUUGUACAAUUUGUACAAUUGUCGUUUGGCUCCUCCCAUUAGGAUAUGUAUCAUUGUACUGUGCUGUGCUCUAUUAUGCAAUACAUAAUGCGUAGAUGACACUUGCGCGGUCCGUAAUAGAGCAAGGUGGAAACCAGGAGGAGGAUUCAGGAGACAGGAAGCAGUGGGCUAAUGUCAGAAGACCAACUAAAAGCAACCAGAGAAUCCAGGGACGACCGUAGGGGAGGAGGACUCCCCACCUGAUUGGUGGUUUGAAGAAUGACAGGUCCCUGUGAUAGGCUGCUCAGUCACAUGGGGGCCCAGGUGGCAGGGUGUGGCUUGACUGCAGCUCUGACAGGUUUAUCUUCAGGAAUGUGGUUCAGUACAGGCGGGUAGGACUCGGCUGCCUCACUAGGCUCUGGUCAGGCUGCGUCUGAACUGAAUUGGAUAUCAAUGUCACUACACUCAGCCAUAGCAUGAUGGAGGCACGCCGAGAGAGUCCAUGUCACAAGAUAAGAUAGAAGAGGCACAGAAAGAACUGAAAGAGCCCAGCAUUACCCAGAAAGGACUUGGCGAAAGUGGGCGGAGACAUGCAGAAGUUAAGGGCUUGAAGAGGAAAAAAGUAAUUGGGGAGAACCAGCUGAAGAAGGUCCCAAAAUCUCCUGUGAAAAAGCCUCCACAGUCCAAGCCCUCAGAGGCAGGGACCUUCCAGGAAUCCAGGGACCCAACGGCCUCCUGUUCCUUUUCCAGGCGUUCUUCCCAAAAUAUAACCGAUUCUUCCAAUAAAAAUGGAGACUCAGACGGCAUUCUGCAGGUGCGGCCACAGACUUCUGAGAGGUUGAAGGGGGAGGCCACACCCAGCCCAGCUGCCUGCGAGAGGCUAAUGCAAACUGAGGUGACCCACAGCCAGCCAGCAUCGUCUAAAGGAGGGAAGGAUGCAGAGGGUACUCAACUGAAAGAGGACUGGAUGAGCCAGGCUGACAGUGGGUUGCCCUCGCACUCUAGUGCUCCCCUUGAGGUCUUGCUCAAGGCUAUGGAGCCAGACCUUAGUUCCCUAACAAGACAGAAGAGCUCCUUCUCUGGGGCUCCGAUUGGGAGAGUGGACCCAGUUCCUGCUGCACAGUCCACCGGACAAGGUUCUGCAGCUAUACCAACUGUCAACUAUGGCAUCCCAUCCCAGCCAAUACCGGCACGUUACUACCCUAGCCCUCAGGUGGUGCUGGCGAGUGGCGAUACUGCCGGACAAGUCACACCCCUGCAAUUCCAGCCACUUGAGGUACCAACGCAGAGCAGCCAGACAAACUCGCAGCACAAUGCCAUGAAGUUUUCGCCAGCAGCUGCUAACCACCCUCGAGAGAAGCAUGACCUUCAGCAGCUGUAUGGUGCUGUGCCUGCUGCCUCCCUGACUCACACACCGGUUCCCCCUAGUCAGAAGGCCCUGCCUCAGAGCCAGCCAGUCGUCUACACCUGUCAGUCUGUUUCAGCCAGUGUGCCCAGUACAAUUCAGGUCCCAGUCACGCCUGGAUACAACCAGGUUCAAAUGGCCACAAUUGUUAAUCCAGGCCUGGAGCAAGUUUCCAGUAUAUCUGGCAAGGAUCAAAAACCGAAGAAGCAGGGCAAGUAUGUAUGUGAAUACUGCAACCGGGCAUGUGCUAAACCUAGUGUCCUGCUCAAGCACAAACGAUCCCAUACAGGUGAACGGCCCUAUCCUUGUGUCACCUGUGAUUUCUCAUUCAAAACAAAGAGUAACUUGUACAAGCAUAAGAAAUCCCAUGCGCAUGCUAUAAAACUGGGCAAGGUGGUGCGGUCUGACUCUGGAAGCAGAGCCUUGUCUCAAGAAUCGGACAAAGGUCUCGGCACACACUCCGAUGUGGAAGAGAGUGCUGAAAGCGACAAGGAGAGCCUCGCUGACUUUGACCCAGACUGUUCACAGAGCAGCAGCAGAGCUUUGUCCGAGAGCAGUUUGCAGAGCGCUUGUGCCACACAAGACAGACAGGGAGAGGUGGAGCUGCCUGCUGUCCUUGAGACUCUGAAAUCUGUGAACAACCUGAAGCCCUCUGAGCCUAAAGCAACUUUGCCAAAAGUGGUUGUCCAUCCUGUCAAUGUCUCCCCUUUGCGAGCAGAUAGUCCAAGAGCUGGAGAUUCCACCCCAGAGCUAGCCACAGCUCAAAGGCAAAGAGAGUUUCAGACAAUGAGUGUACGUCCCACCAUUAAGGUCUUGUCUUCCUUGAAAGAGGUGGAGUGCACCAGUCCCCCGCAAGAGGCUAUAAGUGAGGUUGAGGACCAGGUCUGCAAGUCACCUCCUGGGGGGGGACAUGCACAGCUACAAAGGCAGCAGGCAACUGACUUUUCUCAACAACAGCAAGGCAAAUGUUUGCUGAGCCCCCGUAGCUUGGGCAGCACAGACUCUGGAUAUUUCUCACGUUCUGAAAGUGCCGAUCAAGCAAUGAGUCCCCCAAGCCCAUUUGUCAAGAUCAUACCACCAACAGACAUGGAUGUGUCCAAAAAUAUGUUACCUAGCUCUGCUACUGUUGUGGCAACAGUCUGUGUGGAGAAGCCCCCGGCUUUACAGCGACAGAUUCGCCCUCCGUUAGAGACUAAAGCACUCUCGCUUGAAGAACACAUUUCAAAGCUGAUAUCAGAUAACGAAGCAGUCGUGGAUGACAAACAGCUAGACAGCGUAAAGCCUCGAAGGACUUCUUUGUCAAGACGGGGAAGCAUAGACUCCCCCAAAUCAUACAUAUUCAAGGAUUCUUUUCAGUUUGACCUCAAGCCAAUGGGCAGAAGAUCAAGCUCUAGUUCUGACAUACCCAAAUCACCAUUUACACCCACCGACAAAUCUAAGCAAGUGUUUCUCUUAUCUGUCCCUUCUCAGUAUCCAUCAAUGGACUGUUUGCCAAUAACAAGGAGCAAUUCAAUGCCUACAACACCAGGAUAUUCAGCUAUCCCCAUUAAAGCUGCUCCUCAACCCCAUCCAUUGAGAGUCUGUCAGUCAUUCGAUGACAAAAUUAGUUCUAGUAACGAUGAUGUAUUCAUAUCGGCCCCUCCUACUCCUAAUCCAGCAAUGCAUCCACGCACACUCGUAAGACAGAUUGCAAUUGAAGAUUCUUCUGCCACUGAAGGACACAGCCUUUCUUCUGCCCGUUCCAUGGAUGAGGGCUACCGUGGACCUAAUAUAUACAAUGAGGUUCUGCAAAGAAGCAAGUCCUUCGAACAAGGACCUGCACCUGAAAGAAGCAAAAAGCCCCAGCAAAACAAAGGCACGAUGUACGAAUGUGAGACUUGUCGCAAUCGAUACCGGAAACUUGAAAAUUUUGAAAAUCACAAAAAGUUUUACUGCUCUGAGCUUCAUGGACCAAAAAAUAAGUCUGUCUCUGUUCGAGAGACUGAUCCAGACCAGUGUCUCAGAAACGUGCAGCAAUCCCAGGUGUUCCAGGGGACAGUGGGUGUGCCUGGCUUGAUGGAACAAGUUUCAGCAGUGAGAAAAAGAAGGAAAAUGAAAAGUGUCGGUGAUGAUGAUGACCAGUCCCCAACAGACACCAACCCUCCCUGUUCUGGAAGUUUUGAUUCCUGCCAAAUGUCCAAAGAUGUUCGGACUGGAAUCUUUUCUCAGCAUUCUGUCUUACUGGAUUUGCAGUCUGCCAGCAAUUUGUCACAGGUCCCUCACAUGCAAUUAAUUGCAAGAAGCACUGAAACUUCAGAGUCAAGAUUAUCUCCAAUUAGGGAAACUCAAAUUAAUAUCUGUAGUAAAGAGAGAGAAGUACAGAGGCAAGGUAGUGGGACAUCUGUCAUUCGACACACAAAUUCUCUUAGUAGGCCUAAUUCUUUCGAAACAUCUGAGUCCAUUGACAGAUCCUCUCCUGUUGAUAUUUUGGACAGAGAAGCCCAGAGCAUGACUAAAACUGUAACUGGAAAUUCAUCAAGUACUGUGCGGGAAAGUCAACCGGAGUCAGUACCAUUACAGAAAUGUGCUAGUACAGAAAGACCUAUCGUGGACCAGCAUGUUGACCACGUAGCGUCAGUGCCACCUGAAAGCUCUGUUCCAGUGCAGCAGUCACGUCUGGUACGCCAAAACAACAUUCAGGUGCCAGAAAUUCUUGUGACAGAGGAACCUGACAGAGAACAGGAAAGCCUGGGGCACGAGCCAGAGAAACAUUUGGAAACAUUCAACUGGCCCCAGAGAAGUGAAAGCCUUUCUAAGUUGCCCACAGAGAAGCUUCCCCCUAAAAAGAAGAGGAUACGACUAGCUCAAAUGGAGCACUCCUCUGGAGAAUCCAGCUUUGAGUCCACGUUGUCCCGCAGUCUUAGCAGAGACAGUAGUUUGUCUCGAGGUUCCAGUAUUUCUGCAUCAUUUGACCGAGAUGACCUGCCCCGGUCUGAGAGCCCAGUGAGGGUGGAGUGUGCUAUCAAACUUGCAGAGUUUCAAGGGUUGUCUUUAGUCAACAAUACUUUGGGUGUUCCUGACUCUAAAGUAAUGAGACGAGCUGCAUCAGAACAGAUUAGCUGUACUCAGCCCUCGGGGGAGAUUGACACAGACUAUCGUAGUAAGUCUUUUGAUUGUGGAACAAUAUCACCUACUAGAUCAUUGUCACCUCUAGAGAAAGUCUUGCCAAAGAGUUCACAGGCUCCUUCAGGGGUCCAAGUGCCUCUCCUUGAAAGGAGAAGGGGGCCUCUUGUUCGUCAGAUGUCCCUAAAAAUUGGACCAGAGAGUCAGCAGCAGGCAGGGAAGCAGGUUCUGCAUAGAAAUCCAUCAGCAAAUGCAGUGCCUGUUCCUCCACAUAGGCCUGCUACACGGCCUGUUAUUGCACAGCCUCUUAUUCCCCACCAAGUAAGUCCUGUAGAAUCUCUUCAGCAGCCAGCUGGACCCACAGUUCAGAGCAUCAACUUAGGAAGCCAGACCCAACACCCUACAGUUCAUGGCCUUCCACAUCCCUGGCACCAGUCCACCAGGGUAAUGUGCCAAAGUGUGCAACAGCUUUCAGUCCAUGAUGCAUCAGGUUCCAAGGAUUCUCAGAACAAUUCUCCUAACUCACAGGAUAAACACUUUGUGCCCAAAUACCAGUUGCAGUAUUCUGCCAUAAAAACAAGCCAAACAUAUUCACUCCCAAGCACGCAGGUCAUGCAGAUCAGCCUGCCUGUCAGCAGCCUUCCCGUGGCUAAUGAGAUUGCUAGUGUGUCUAAGCCAACAGAUGGAAUCCAGAAUGUAUGUGUGAUACCACAGAAUCACCAGGUAGCAGCACCUAUUGUCUUGCCGAUUUGUCUUCAAGGUAAUCUGUCCUCAUUCAACAGGACAGGUGUCACUCCUCUGCCACAAAUUCUAGUCACCCAUGAGCAGCUGAACACUUCCACAAAAGCAGCUUGCCAUACCCAACUCCCUCAAUCCAUGGACAGUGACGUUGACAAUUCAACACACAUUCAAAUAGACAGGCCUCUGGUCUCUGCUAGUCAGGUAAAUUCUGGCUCAGUUCCAGAAAACCAGAAUAUUGUAAGUGACAUCCAACAGGGAACUACACCAGGUGGCUUGCAGUACUCUCAGAAAGUGGCCCUGUGUCCACAGCAGGAACCUACUGCCUCUAGCAAACGUAUGCUUUCCCCUGCGAACAGCCUGGACAUUGCAAUGGAAAAACACCAGAAACGUGUCAAAGAUGAUCACAGCGCUGCCUGCCUCACUGAUGGCAGGUCAUUCAGUUACCUGAAUUCCAAGAUGGCGGAAGUGACCAGGCAGCGGAAACUGAUUCUAGUUCGACAAGUCUGUACCACUGAGUCAGUGGAUAGCCCAGUCAGUUCUGAAAGUCCUCAGCUGGAUCAAGAGAAGCCAGAAGAAGAAAAAGCCCAGUCUGCAGGCUAUCUACCAUCUACCACUUCCAAGGUACUUGAAACAACAAGAUCCGUACUUGAGACUGAAACUAGCAGAGAUGCAACAUAUCAGGUGUCCAUUCCCGCAUUCCAAAGUCCAGGCCACCAAGCAUCUUCCAGUCUGCCAGCUAACUCUACACUGAAGUCGCUAUGUAAGAGUGAGGAGAGGAAAUCCCCUGGAAAAUGUCCUUUGAGGCCAGCAACCUUCCAUGGACAGGUAAAACUGGUCUCUUCUGUGUCCCUGGUCAACACCAGAGACAGCCACCGCCUGUCCUUCCCCAGUCUGAAAACUACAACGUCUUUCACCUGGUGUUACCUUAUGAAGAGGAAGCCUCUCCACAUUCCCCAAACUGACCAGAGGAUAUCUGCAUACUCUACCUGGGCCAUCAGCAAAAACAACCCAAACCCACUGGGUCUGCCUACCAAAGUGGUUAUGUCUUUAUUCGAUUCCAAACAGACAGCUAAGAAAAUGCACUACACACAAGCCAUAACCACAAGCCUGAAAUCUGACAUCUUGACGUACUCCAGCAAGCUAAAAGACAGCUUGCCAAAGGUCUUAACCCCUCAAACAUCCAAGCUUAAGGAGAGCACCAGUAAGGUCAAGUCAGAUGCUCAACAGAGUAAUGAGUCAGACAGAGAAUCGUCUUCUUCCAAGACUGAGCCAAGACGAGUCAAAAUAUUUGAUGGCGGAUACAAGUCCAACGAAGAGUAUGUGUAUGUGCGUGGAAGAGGCCGGGGGAAGUACAUCUGCGAAGAGUGUGGCAUCCGCUGCAAGAAGCCCAGCAUGCUGCGGAAGCACAUUCGAACGCACAGCGAUGUCCGGCCAUACCACUGCGUAGACUGCAACUUCUCCUUCAAGACCAAAGGAAAUCUCACCAAGCAUAUGAAGUCCAAGGCCCAUAGUAAGAAAUGCAUGGAGAUGGGGGUGUCGGUGAGCUCGGUUGAAGAUGCAGAUACUGAGGAUUCAGGCGACAGAACCCGGAUGGUGGCGAUAGACAGGCCCGGCUCUGAUGGGGAUGAGUCUGACGGACCGGAUGAUGAGGACAAUGAUGCGGAAGAGGAAGACGAAGAAGACAGCCAGGCAGAGUCCAGCCUUUCGGCCACGCCGUCCGUCUCCGCCAGCCCGCAACACGUGCCGUCUGCCCUGACCAGCAUCCCACCCAGUGCCCUGCUAGCACAGAUGUCUCUCUCAAACAGCCCACCCCCUCCGGCAGCCCCAACCACUGACUGCCAGACCUCUGACACAGAGUCUGUGACCAUGAUGAGCCCCAUCUCACCCUGCAGGCAAAUGUCCAUCGAUUACCCAGAUUCAGAGGUCCCGGUGAGCCCACCGAGCGAUGCCCCGCCGAAGCCCAGUCAGGAUGUUCUGAACACCCCAUCUCAGACUGGGGAGGCAGGCGUUCCAGUCGACCGUGGCACCCAGACCAGCCUCCCACCUUGCUCCACCUAUUCCCACCAAGGCCCUCUUCACUUCCUGCCCCAGAGCCAGAUUCCCGAGGGCGGGGCAGGUGGGACAGCGCAUCUGUUCAGCCACCUGCCUCUGCACUCCCAGCAGCCUGCUCGCACCCCCUACAGCAUGGUGCCUGUGGGUGGCAUCCAACUGGUCCCGGCCGGCCUGGCUGCAUACUCUACCUUUGUGCCUGUUCAGGCUGGUCGUGUGCAGCUCACCAUCCCAGCUGUGAGCGUCAUCCACCGGGGCAGCGGCCCCCUUUCUGGCUCAGGGCCGGAUGGCCUCUCGCAAGCUGAGGCUGCACCAGAGCCCUCUGGUGUCUUGCCCUGCUUGCCCAUAGGCCAAGUGGGCGUGGCUGGACUGCAGACCCUAGGGCCACCCCAAGCAUUGCAGCCCCUGGGUCUCGACGCCCUCGGAUUGAUGGGUCUGGCAAACACUGGUGGCUCCCCUGCACAGCUGUUACCCCAACCAAGCCUUGCGAUCAAUGCUGUCGGUCUGCAGGUCCUGGCUGCUAGCCCUAUUCCCCAAGGCAGCCCUGCCCCCCAAGGGAGUCCCACCCCCCAGACGCACUUGCCCAGCUUGCAAAUCCUCAACUUCACCCUCCCAGCCAUCAUCCCCUCCCUCAGCCCACUUCUGCCCCCACCGGAGCCUUCGGGGACCACCGAGAGCGCCAGUACUCUCCCCAGCCACAGGGAAGCGGAGUUUCCAGUGUCUGGCAGUGCCACAGCAGUGACCUCCCCCGCCACGCAGCUCCAACAGGAAGUGACCUCAGCGGGCAGAUCCAGCACAGGUGCUAGCGAUGCUACCCAAAAGGAAGGGGCCACAUCACCGCCCAACUCUUGCCAGCCCAUGAAUGGCUGUGAAAAAGUGGCACAGGGUAUUUCGCCAGGGGGCAUCAAGGAGCACGCUCUGAGGCAGGUGACGGUCGACUACAACGACGCCUCGAGCGACGAUGAGGACAGACUCGUCAUCGCCACCUGAAAGCCCCCGUUAACUUCGGUCACUUUUUAUUUCCUUUUAUGCUGGUCAGUUUGUACAACUGACAACACUUAAGGGGUCAGAGUCUCUGAAAUUUGUCCCUCUGUUAAAGCACAUUUUUUUGACAUGUAUGUGCAAUCAUAAAUGAUGACCAAUCUUUUUACUUUUAUCUGUACUUUUUUUUUUUUUUUUUUUUUGUCACCUCUGGACGCUUUUCUUUCUUGUACAUGUUGUAUAGACAGUUGUACCUUGUGUACGGACCUGUAUAUAUUCCACUGCAAAUCCAGUAGUCGUGUUUGUUCAGAGAACCUAGAUGUAAAAAAGAAAAAAGAAAGAAACAGGAUAAAAUGGAAGUGGAAAAAUAUUUUGAAAAGUUUUAUGUAAUAGAUUUAUGGAAAACUAAACUCUAUAUGUUGCACUGAUGAAUGUCCAUUUCUAGGGCUUUGGGGCAGCGUCUCUGAGUGCAGAUGGUGGAGUUGAAUCUAUUUAUUAUGUUCCAUCGGCUGACCAAGGGCCUCCGGGCCCCCUGGUCUGUGUAACUGUAGCUUCACAUUGCGGUAUCUAUCUUAUGAUCUGUAUCAGUAAAGCUUUGUUUACAAACGUGUAA